AUGCCUGAAUUCAAAGAACGCCAACUGGUCACGGACCCUCAGAAGGCCUUCCAUUUCACCGAUCUUCAACGGCUGAAGCCUACACGCGAGAAUGACCCCUAUGAAUAUCAAGCAGGAUGGGGCAAUCGUCAUCAAUCAGAGCUUAUCCCAGGAACGUUGCCCGUAGCACAAAACAAUCCACAAGAGGUUCGCUUUGGUCUAUACACAGAGGGUAUCACAUAUUCAGCAUUUACUGCGCCACGACAUGCAAACUUCAGCACGUACAUGUACCGCUGCAGGCCAGCAGCUGCUCACAAGGGAUAUGUGCCUAUUGAGACGAAGUCAAACAUCCAGAAUUGCUUUCUGUCAAUCAAUCCUACGGUUGAGGCGCUACCAGAGCAAGCAGAGUGGCAUCCUUUCCCGCUACCCAAGGACGAAGACAAGAUCGAUUUUGUAGAUGGCCUCCACACAUUGGCAGGCAGCGGCGACCCUAACAUCAGGGAAGGUAUCGCCCUUUAUGUGUACAUGAUAAACUCCAGCAUGGAAAGGCGAGCGUUCUGCAACACCGAUGGCGACUUCCUCAUCUGCGCUCAGCUCGGCAGCCUUGACAUCGUAACGGAAAUGGGUAAAAUCUACCUCCAACCUGGGGAGAUAUGCGUCAUCCAACGAGGCAUCCGCUUCUGUCUCAACCUGGCCCCGGAUACCAAGGUCGCACGAGGUUACAUUACCGAAGUGUGGGGUUCCAUGUGGGUGCUCCCUGAUCUUGGUCCCUUGGGUGGACAUGGGUUGGCGAACCCUCGCGACUUCCUAUACCCUGUUGCUGCCAUCGAUGACGAGCUCCAUGUCGAUUGGCAGAUUGUGAACAAGACCAAUGGCCAGCUCACUGCCAUCGUGCAGGACCACAGCCCCUUCGACCUUGUCGCUUGGCAUGGCAACGUCGUCCCCUACAAGUACGACCUUACCAAAUUCUCCUCCCAGAACAGCACCUCGAUUGAUCACACAGAUCCCUCGAUCUUCUGCGUGCUUACUGCCCCGUCACGCGAUCCGGUAACCCCGCUGGCUGACUUCUUAUGGUUUGGACCCCGAUGGGAUGUGGCAACGAACACCUUCAGGUUGCCAUACUUUCACCGUAACUCCGCUUCCGAGUUCUUAGCCUGCUUAUACGGCCAAGGUCUCGGUAGAAGUGACGACUUCCUUCCGGGUGGUGGCAGUUUCGAAGGAGGCCAUACUCCGCAUGGUGGUUUUCACGAGGGCUACCAGCAUGGCAUGAGGAUGCACGAGAGUGUUCCUGAGAAGAUUCUCACAGAUCAACUCACCAUAAUGGUUGAGUCGAGCCGUCUUUUCCUCUGGACCGAAUAUGCUCGCACUGGCUGCGGUACGAUUAGCACGCAGGGCACUGACCCCAAGGUCUGGGAUGCACUACCGGACCGCUUCUCUGCCAACUCCAAAGCCAAGGAGCUACUCGCUCGCCUCAAAGAAGAUAAGAUAGCAGAGAAGAAGCGGCUAGCACCAUACUACAUCGGCGGGUUUUCGCAUGGAGCCAACGCUAGCGAUACCGAAGGAGUACACUCAAAGGAGUUGAAGCCCUAUCUCAACGGAACAAACGGUGUCAGGCACGACUCGGUGCUAGCAGGGCCUUAUUGCACACAGAUACUUGCAGACCUAGGAGCAGAAGUCAUCAAGAUCGAGCACCCAACACGAGGAGACGAUACGCGUUCUUGGGGUCCGCCCGAUGCUCCUUACACUGACGGUGUUGAACGCCAGUUUCCUGGAGAAAGCGCGUACUAUCUCUCUGUGAACCGUAACAAGAAAUCUCUGUGUCUCUCCUUCAACAACCCCUCCGGAAUCUCCAUUUUGCAUUCCCUCGUCCAGAAAUGCGACAUCCUAGUAGAAAACUACCUCCCAGGCUCGCUCGCCAAGUACAAGCUUGACUAUGAGACACUCUCAAAUAUAAAUCCUUCCUUAAUCUACGCCUCCGUUACCGGGUACGGGCAGACUGGGCCAUUCAGCAAUCGAGCGGGAUACGACGUGAUGGUCGAAGCCGAGAUGGGACUGAUGCAUAUCACUGGCGAGCGAGACGGCCCACCUGUGAAGGUCGGUGUAGCAGUCACGGACAUAUCGACAGGCAUGUACACAGCAAUUGGCGUGCUGGCGGCAUUGUACGCAAGGAGAGAAACUGGUCUGGGUCAGUGGAUCGAUGCGAGUCUGAGUGACUGUCAGGUCGCAGGGCUGGCGAACAUCGCGAGUAGUGCGUUGAUCAGCGGAAAGAAAGAUAGUGGGAGAUGGGGGACUGCUCACGCAUCAGUUGUACCCUAUCGGGCAUAUAAGACUAAGGACACAAACAUUGCUGUCGGUGGAUGCAACGAUAAGCUCUACGGCAUACUCUGCGAUAAGAUUGGCAAGCCUGAGUGGAAGACAGAUGCGCGCUUCAUCACCAAUGCGCUGCGCGUGAAGAACAGAGAUACUCUUGAUCGAAUCAUCGAGGACGAGCUCAAAACGAAGACGACGAAGGAGUGGCUCGAUGUCUUCGAAGGUAGUGGCAUGCCAUAUGCCGCUGUUAAUGAUAUACAGGGCACGAUCAAUCACGAACAUGUCCUUGCACGAAAUAUGAUUGAGGAGGUUGACCAUCCGAGUUGCGGACCGAUCAAACUCGUUAAUCAUCCAGUCAAGUACUCUAGAGCGGAGCCGAAAAUAAGGACACCACCUCCAAUGCUCGGAGAGCACACAAGUGAAGUGUUGAGAGAGCUUCUGGAUCUCAAUGAAGCUGACAUAGAAGAUCUCAAGAGUCAAAAGACGAUUGCUUAG